AUGAAUUCAAUACCUUCUACGUAUUCGAACAAUGAUCUUUGGUCUUCAGCUUCUUACGCACGACGUUAUGCUACUUCAAAACCUCCUUACUCCUACAUAUCUCUAAUCGCUCAUGCGAUUAAUAAUUCUCCUGAACGUAUGUGUACAUUAUCCCAAAUCUACCAAUACAUUCAAGAUCAUUAUGCAUACUAUCGACAAAAUCAACAGCGUUGGCAAAAUUCUAUUCGCCAUUCGUUAUCGUUCAAUGAUUGUUUUGUCAAAGUUCCUCGACAUGCUGAUCGACCGGGUAAAGGUUCGUAUUGGACUCUACAUCCUGAUAGCGGAAAUAUGUUCGAAAAUGGUUGUUAUCUUCGUCGACAAAAACGUUUUAAAAUCAAAGAUAAAACAUCCUCACCACCGACCGAACCGAAUCUUUCAAUUAAAACAAUCGAUUCUCCGACUCUACCUAUGGCUUCCUCGGAGCAAUAUUUUUGUCCAUAUAAAACUGAAUAUUCCACACAGAUCUAUGAUUCGAAUAAUAAUGGUUUACAUUACGAAACCAAUCAUCAAUAUCUAUUUCAACAAAUUCUUCCAACCGAUGCAACAUUUCGUCUGGAUAAUCUUUUCAAUUAUUACGAUCAAACCGAUUCUUCAUAA